GUCCGUGUAGGUGACGUGCUGACGUCGAGUGUUGUUGUCCAUGAUGGCGUCUUCCACAGAACAGAGUCUCCUAGAACUCACUGAUAAAGAAACCCGAGAGAAACUCUCACACUGGGACCGUCGUGCUGAUCCAAUGGCGCCGUUAACGGACAAACAGACCGACUCGGUUCUGGAGAUCCGCGCAGCCGCAGAAGAGACGCUUCUUCCCGCUGAGCUGCCGAUCGAGGACAUCUGCGGUCUGACGUCUCGCUCUCUGCGCUCGUGUUUCUCAGCCACUCUCCCCGAGUCCACCGAAGAAGCUCUUCUGCAGGGCUUCCAGAUGCUGGAGCUGGAGAACCACACCAUCCAGACGGCACAACAGUUUUUCUCCUGGUUCUCGAAGCUGCAGGUUCAGAUGGAUCAAGACGAAGCCACAAAGUACAGGAGGAGCCGGGAUGUUCUGAACGGGUAUCAGGAGCAGUGCGAUGCGAUUCUGAGCGACGUGAACGCGGCGCUGGAGCGGCUGGACUCUCUGCAGAAGCAGUAUCUCUUCGUGUCCACCAAAACUGGAACGCUUCACGAGGCCUGUGAACAACUCCUGAAGGAGCAGUCAGAGCUGGUGGAUCUGGCCGAGAGCAUCCAGGAGAAACUCUCAUACUUUAAUGAACUGGAAAACAUUAACACGAAACUCAACUCCUCAACGCUAUCGGUGAACAGCGAGGGAUUCAUUCCGAUGCUUUCCAAAUUAGAUGAAUGCAUUGAAUAUGUUUCAUCACAUCCAAAUUUCAAAGAUUACCCAGUGUACCUCAGCAAAUUCAAGCAGUGCCUGUCCAAAGCCAUGCAUCUCAUCAAGAGCCACACGGUCAACACCAUGCACAACCUCACCAGUCAGCUGACCAAACGAGAUCCGCUGGGCGCUCCGAACGCAGACAACGCCUUCACGCUCUACUAUGUGAAGUUCAGGGCAGCGGCUCCUAAAGUUCGGAGGCUUAUUGAGCAAGUCGAACAGCGGUCUGAAAUAAUCCCAGAGUAUCAGCAGCUCUUGGAUGAGAUUCACCAGUGUUACUUGGACCAGAGAGAACUUCUGCUCAGUCCCAGUAUAAACUCCACCAUCACGGACCUCACCGGCCAGAACAACAAGGAUCACUGCGCUCUGGUGCGCAGUGGCUGUGCGUUCAUGGUCCACGUUUGUCAAGAUGAACACCAGCUUUACAAUGAGUUCUUCUCCAAACCCUCGUCCAAACUGGACGAGCUCCUGGAGAAGCUGUGCCUGUCCCUGUACGACGUGCUGAGGCCUCUGAUCAUCCACGUGGUGCACCUGGAGACGCUGGCGGAGCUGUGUGGGAUCCUGAAGAACGAGAUGCUGGAGGACCACGUGCAGAACAACGCGGUCCAGCUGUCGGCGUUCGACGCGCUCGUGAAGCAGAUGCUGGAGGACGUGCAGGAGCGCCUGGUCUACAGGACACACAUCUACAUCCAGACCGACAUCCUCGGGUACAACCCUGCUCCGGGAGACCUGGCCUAUCCCGACAAACUGCAGAUGAUGGAGAAAAUCGCUCAGAGUCUGAAAGAGGAGCAGAUGAAGAUGAGCUCGAGCUCGUUCUCUGACGUUCAGCUGGAGGAGGAUCACAGGAAGCUCAUCGGCUCUGAGGCUCGAGUGCAGAGCUCAGUUUCUCCUGCUGAUCUGCAUGGCAUGUGGUAUCCGACGGUUCGACGCACGCUAGUCUGCCUGUCCAAACUCUACCGCUGCAUCGACAGGGCAGUGUUUCAGGGUUUGUCACAGGAAGCGCUGUCAGCCUGCAUCCAGUCUCUGCUCAAGGCCUCUGAUGUCAUUCAGAAGAACAAGACUCAGAUAGACGGGCAGCUGUUCCUCAUCAAGCAUCUGCUGAUCAUGCGUGAGCAGAUCGCCCCGUUCCACGCUGACUUCGCCAUCAAAGAGAUCUCGCUGGACCUGAAGAAGACCCGAGACGCCGCUUUCAAGAUCUUCAACCCCAAUGCCUUGCACCACUUCUUCCGGCUCAACAGCCAUAACGCCAUCCUGGAGUUCCUGCUGGAGGGUUCUCCGGAGAUAAAGGAGCAUUACAUCGACUCGAAGAAAGAGGUGGACCGGCACCUGAAGUCCAGCUGUGAGCAGUUCAUCCAGCAGCAGACGCACACGCUCGUGGGAAGCCUGGAGGACUUCCUCCGCAAGGUAGGAGCUUUAAAGACGAUGGCUGUUGAAGGAGGGCCGACGUAUAACCUGUCGCAGCAGCCGUGGGCUCAGCCUGCCAAGAUUAAUGACGUUGUGAUGAGCACCUACCGGAUCCUGAAGAACAAGCUGCCAAUCACCUUGCAGAGCCUGUCCCUGUAUCUGGCCAAUCAGGACACAGAGUUCAUUCUGUUCAAGCCGGUGCAGAAUAACGUGCAGCAGGUUUUCCAGAGACUGCAUGUGUUCCUGCAGGAGGAGUUCAGUGGAGAAGACCUGCAGAUCAUCGCCUGCCCCUCCAUGGAGCAGAUCAGCCUCCUGCUGUCGGUGAAGUAGCCGGAGUUCGGAUCAGCGGAUCAGCUCUGGGAACAGAACCUCAACCUUCCAGAGAUUCUGGAGACAAGCCAAUGUUUAUCACCACAGACUGUGUUUGACCGUUUGACCCGUUCCAGCGCUUAAAGACACUGUGUGUGUGUGUGUGUGUGUGACAUUCAUACUAAAUCAGUUUGUACAGAUUUAAAUUAUUGGAAGAUGGGAAUAAUGAAUUAUGAAUUAUGUGUCUGUGCUGAUGGAGGAGCGAGUCGAUGAACGGGACAGUUGUCCAGCAGGGGGCAGUGUGUGUGUGUGUGUGU